CGAACUGAGCGGUAAAUUUUGAAAAUUAUCAGAAAAAAGAAAAAUAGAAGAAGUAAUCCUACAGAGAAAGCAAAAAUGCCUAAAAGAAAAUCUAUUAAAGGUCGUAAACGAUCUAUAAACAGAUGCAGAUCUGGUGUUGUAGCUUUUGGAGCAGCUGCAAACUAUCGUGGAUCUUUUGAUUUAAAGAUCAGAAAUCCAUCCCAGCGAUUAGCUCUGAAGGCUAAUUUACGCCUCCAGAGUGCAGCAAUAGGGGUUCGACGGGGGAGAAAAGUGGCCAUGUUGGGUGGAUAUAGGUUGAAUUGGAGUUAUUCCAUUGCCUAUCAAAAAAAGAGGGCCUUUGUGAUUGCUUCAUAUCAUAAAAAGAUGCACCCGACAAAUAAAAUGGUUCGAAAAUCAACUGGAGGUACCAAAUCUGUAUGUAAGAGAAAAAGUGCCCCUAGAAUGGGUUUUAUAGCUAUACGAGAAAACGUACGAAGCAAGAAAUCUGCAGAUGUGCGGAUCAAAAAAUCAUCUUGUGCAGCUCCACGAAAACGAGUUGCCAAGACACCUCGUAAAAAAGUUGUUACCAAGGCUCCACGGAAGAGGGUAUCAUCUACCAAACCACGAAGGUGCAGAUCUUCUUUAAGUGCAGCUAUGAAGAGAGAUUCGGGAUUCCAGAGAGAAACCGUUGUGCUUAUGUCUCUAUAGAUAGAAGACUGUAGAUUUAAUAAACUGAGUUUAUGAAGAAAUGGCGAUGAUUGCAAGGGUUAACUGUCAUUUAGGUACAAAUAUUUUAAGCACAAGGCAGUUAGACACGGUACUUUAAGCACAGCGUUAUAUAGGCAGUGAUUGAUUCACAUUUUCAAUAAGAAACAUUUUUAUUUAGGUAGACCUUCAAUUAAGAACACAUUUUUUAGGCACACUUAUAUUCGACACAAUGUUAAAAGAACAGUGAUUUAGGCACCUCUUCAAUUAAACACACAUAUUCACUUAGGCAAGAAUUUUUUUAGGCAACGAAUUUUAGGCACAAUGUCAAAAUUGAACACAUGAGCAGUGAGGUGGUUAGGGGAUAGGGGAAUGCACCUCAAAGACCCAAGAUUGAAUAAUGGAAAAAAGGGCAAAAGACUUGUAAUAAAGGUCACCUGAUUGAGGUAGAAAGCCACGUAUUCUCGAAACGAUCUUAAUUCUAGGAUGUCUUUUGGUCUUGACUUCUAACAUUGAUUAUAGGAUAUCCUAGCGCUAAGAUCGUUUAGAGAAUACGUUGCCUGUAUUUUGUCUAAUUUGAAUACCAAAUAGUGAUAUCACCUAGGAACGAGUUCGUGUUACCGGGAUGAUCUCUAUUUAUGCUACCCUAGACGAAGUGUGCCGAAAGUACAAUGCCUAACUGUCUUCUCAAAAUAUUUGUGCCCUUUUGACUGCCUACCCUUUGCAAGAUGCCUGAUAUGGAAGCAGACCAAACCACGAAAUCUUCCUGAAUCUUCCAUUUUUAAUAGUAAAUAAAAAUGUAACUCAA